ACACACUUGAGCUAAACCUUAAAGGCCCUGUCUUAUCUCAACACAUACCGAAUCCGUUCUUGGGCUGGAAACCAGGAUUCCAACCUUGUCCGCCUAACCCUACGACGACUAUCUAUCCCCAAGUCUAACAAACAUGGAGAAGGACAAUGCCCACCUCAGGCAGCCUCUAGCGUUCCGCUUCAUCGAACAAUCAGGCUACAGGGUAGCCGGAUCAAGUCACGGAGUCAUCCGUUCUCAUGCCAUGAGAGAAGUUCGAAACCGACAAAAGCUACUGAGGCAUUCGAACAAUCAAACUAAGAAGAAAUGUGAUAAUACAACUAAGGGUUCUGGACGCCUAUCACCACGUAACCCCAGUCAAGGGAUACCAUCACAGAUAUGCUUAGAAAACCAUAUCGCUUCCGUCGCCCUUUUACCUCAGCUGUCGGUAGUAGAGAUUGACAAUUUUGUCUCCAUUACCGAGCUGCUUCCACGUUUAUUUACGAAGUUUCCAACCGAAAUAAAUAUUAUUAAACGGCACGCUCUUUCAUUUUCCCCUAGUAACUUGACAGCGAUAAUUUUCCCUGUGGCGCUGCAAUCGCCAGGAUUACUAGCUAGCAUGCUUUAUAUGACAUACUCGCACCUUGCUACCACAAGGGGCACUUAUAAUAAAGAGGUUGCUCUGGCUUUGAAGGGACUUGCUAUGGUACAAAUUAACCAAAAGUUGAAGCAUCCCAGCACAGCAACCUGUACAAAGGUCCUAGCAGCGAUUGCAUAUCUCUCGACAGGAACUUGGAUCUUUGGAAGCCCUUUUGAAGAAAUUGAAGCGCAUUUCAAAGCAAUCGAAUACAUGGUGGAACAACGUGGGAUGCCCAGUUUAGGGGUUUACCAGUUUGGCAAAACUGUUCGCAAGUAUCUUCUACAGCAGCACAUGCUCCUAGUAGCUCUCCAUGCACGGCCACCCGUCUCAUCCUUUCAGUUCGACUAUGUUACACAACAGGAGCCGUUGGGUGAUACACAAUUCCAUUCACCACUAUAUUGCUCUGAUGGAGAUUUCAGCGAAUGCGCAAUCCACACCCACUUUAGAGAAGCUACGUCUGGUAUUUUGCUACUUGCUGGCAACUUAAUUGACUUGGUCAUAAGUCAACAGGCAACUACGUCACAGCUUGUCAAUACGUUGGGUCGUAUGAGAGCCGAGCUGGAAACCUACAGUCAGCAUAGGGAACUGGAUACUCUUUCUCCGGACGAUUCAAUCCAAGAAUGCUGCCGGCUCGCUACGCUGCUUCUCCUUAAUGCUAUCGAGUAUGGUGUACCUCUUAGGUUAAGCGACCCGCUGUUGGUAACUCGCCUCGCUCGAUGCUUAGAAAAAACUGACUACCGAAGCAACUGGGGUGGUUUUCCUGGCUUGUUGCUAUGGGUAUCGAUUCUGGGAGCUGCUUGCAGCCGCAACGCCCUGGAUGGUGGUGUAUUGUUGGUGAUUCUGGGCCGGGCCAUGUCCCAAGCGGCAUUCACCGCAUCCGAAUUUGGACCUGCAAUCAUACCGAUUCAGCGAUUUAUUCACUUCCGAAAGUCAUUGCGGCGCGAAGGUGGUAACAGACUAUGAAAAGAAGAGAGCUAGUGACUGGGGCCUGAAAAUCCCAUAUUCCUUUAGUAAGCUUGUAUAUUAUAGUCACAAAGAGCCGUCUCAAUUUCAAAUUAAUUUCAAAUUAAUUCUUUUCCACUAUUUUCCCCUGCGCCUCUGUCCUAGCGUUAGUAAAUACUGCCUCGUCUGGAAG